AUGUCGGACAGCCCACUAUGGCCCAUUAGUGCUCGACACAAGCGCACUAACUUAGAAUACGGUAAGUGGAUCACCGCCCAAUGCAAGGCUGGCACAGAAGUGCGUGUCGGAGACCCGGUAUCAUCGCUCGUAUGGAUAACUGCUCUCGGCGACGACUUUUCAGCGAACUCCACUGGGUGA